AUGAUCACAGCCAUGGGAGACUGUGGCGAUGAGCUCUUCAAGGAGCUUGAAAGCACCUACUGUCCACCAAUUGAUCCUGCGUUGUUUGUUGCGAUCGUAUCAGACUUUGACCUGGCGAUCCCCACUCAGGUCGAACAGUUACGCGAAACCCUGGACGUGUUGAAUGCGUCUGCUGUUGAGCAAGAAAACUUGCCAUUUGACCCCACAGGCACAACCAACCUCCGAAAUUCCGAUUUCUCAGGCUCUGCGGUUGGCGAAUCGUCUAACGGUGCACCCUCAGAAUUUACAAGCUGGCCAUCGCUUGAACAUCCUGAACACAGUGAUGGCGACUCCAACGUCGCCAAUCACGACGCCGAAAAGCUCAAAGGCUCGAGGCUUGCGUACACCUUUCUGGGUAUGACAACUGCUGAUAAGGCACAGAACUUGAUUAGCAUGUUCCCGACUAUUACUCGCCUGGAAGCUGAGCGCAUCCUCGAGGAUUGUCAUGACAAUCUUAGUCGCUCAAUGGAUGUCUUACUCAAUCUUGCUUUCAUUGAAGAGACACAAAUCGCGAGAGAAAUCCCUCAACACACACCCAAGGAGGUUGCUCAAGACAGUCAGUCCUCCAUUCCCAAGUCAAUUGAUGGCUUCCAGGCGAAGGACAACCAGAAUGGCGGCGGCAAGAAAUCCCGAAAAAAUAAAAAGCAGAAACAACGUCGAGUCGACCUGGCCUCCCAGGCCAUGGACAGUACCGCUACCAAUAAAUGGGAGUCAGGAAAGAAGGAUAUCGAAUUUCUUUCCGCGCGGGCCUGCGCUUUGCAGAGGGAGAAAAUCGCGUCAACUUAUCAUGAAAAUUCCAUGUCACUUUGUGCAACAAUCAGAGUCUUGGCACAGGCUCGUGCGCCCAAGGACAUCCAUGAGAUUGAAGACGACCCCGUACUCGUCACGCAAGUGGGGGAACUCAGUCACAAGUACCCUGGUAUCAAUCCCAUCACUCUAACUGGCUUGAUUCGGGUUGCAAACAAUGAGAUCCCAGCCGCGGAUGAACUCGCUGACACCCUGGCCCGUCGCCCUAAUCUCACUUCCGUUUCAAAUAUCAUCAGUUUCGUGUCGUCCCCGGUCACCCUCGACGACGAAGAGGAGAAUGUGCCCCCGGCUCUGCAGACAGAGAGUGCUUCGGAUUUCAUGGAUUUCAGCGAAGCCGCUGCUGCUGCCAACUCUCACUUCGCAGCCCGAUCAGCUGCCCUCGCCCAAGCAUCCCAGUCCGCCCGCCGCGCCCGCUCAAACCCCCUCUAUGGCGGCGCCUCUGCCUACUACCGGGACGUUGGUAAUGAGCAACGCCAGCUUGCCAUGCGCCAUUUGGCGACAGCGUCUGACCGACUGGUGGCCCGCCAGUCGUCCCAAUAUGAUCUGGAUUUGCAUGGCGUGACGGUCGCCAAUGCCGUCAGAAUCGCUCGCGAAAGGGUCCAGGCGUGGUGGGACGGACUGGGAGAUCAGAAGUAUGUUCGUGGCGGGGGACAGAGCUGCCAUGGCGGGUUCAAUAUUGUGUGCGGUGUUGGUCACCACUCCCAAGACCGCAGGUCACAUAUUGGACCCGCCGUGUGGAAUAUGCUGCUGAAGGAGGGGUGGCGUGUGGAGCUCAAUCGGGGCUCCAUACACCAAACUAGUCCUAUCCGACCUAGCCCGACCUUUUGCUCCUCCCGAUUUUUGUCCUCAACGCGCAAGCCUCCCCACUCGAAGACAAGCACCAAGGCUCUUAGAGCUGCGCCGACCAUUCCUUUUUUUGGUGCCUUCUUCAGCUCUAACCGCAACCCUGAACAAAAAACCGACGUCAUGUCGCCCCCCAACCAGAGAAGCGAAGAUGAGUGGAGAGCUGUUUUGAACCCAGAACAAUUCCGCAUUCUUCGUGAAAAGGGUACUGAGCGCGCUGGUACCGGUGAAUACGAUUCCCACUACCCAUCCACAGGAGUCUACAAUUGCGCCGGUUGCGAUGCGCCGCUUUACACUGCUGACCACAAGUUCAAAUCUGGCUGUGGCUGGCCAGCAUACUUUGAUUCCAUCCCUGGUGCUGUCACUAGACACGUUGAUAACACAUUUGGUAUGAAGCGCACAGAGAUCGUAUGUACCAACUGUGGGGGUCAUCUCGGCCAUGUGUUUGAGGGUGAGGGGUAUCAAACCCCCACGGAUGAGCGUCAUUGCGUGAAUAGUGUCAACCUACUGCUAUUGGGCAAUGACCCCAUGUUACUUUACAUCAAACUGCGUGACUGGCAUUUUCCCCCAUCCGUAUACACACCGCAGCCUUAG